AUGCCAAAGUUAGAGGUUGGUGAGGCUCAACAACAGUUACGAGAAGAACAUGAAAUAAAAACAGUAUUGCAUAAUCAAUCUUCAGAUUUUCUCACUGAAGAAGUCCCUCACAAGAGAAAGUGCAAGAGGAAGCACUUGGAUUUCCCAGAAGACUCCGUCACUGAAGAUAUUGACUACGAUGAAGGGAAAGAUUCUCCUAGGUCACCUCCUGAAGAUGUACUCAGCCCAACAUACAAACAGAGGAAUGAAGACUUUAGGAAGCUGUUUAAGCAUCUUCCUGAAUCCGAGCGGCUUAUUGUUGAUUACUCCUGUGCCCUGCAGAGGGAUAUCCUACUUCAGGGGCGGCUCUACCUCUCAGAAAACUGGAUAUGUUUCUAUAGCAACAUCUUCAGAUGGGAAACACUGUUGACGGUGCGCCUGAAAGAUGUCUGCUUUAUGACAAAAGAAAAAACUGCACGUCUUAUUCCCAAUGCUAUUCAAGUUUGCACUGAUACAGAAAAGCACUUUUUUACCUCGUUUGGUGCCCGGGACAGAACAUACAUGAUGAUGUUUCGGCUCUGGCAGAAUGCCCUUCUUGAUAAGCCAUUGUGUCCAAAGGAGUUAUGGCACUUUGUCCACCAGUGUUAUGGGAACGAGUUGGGACUGACCAGUGAUGAUGAAGACUAUGUCCCUCCUGAUGAUGACUUCAACACCAUGGGGUACUGUGAAGAGAUCCAGGUGGAAGAACCAGAAGUUAAUGACAGUUCACCAAAAAGCAAUACAGAAGUCAAAACAGAAGCAAGCCCCUUAAUACAAAAGAAACCCAUUGUCAACAGUACACUCACCUCUACAGGAAGCAGUGAAACACCAGCAUCUUUUGAUGGACUCCCUCUGGAAGAAAGCAUGGAAAUCAAUGUGGAAGAAGAUCUCCCCAGUGUGCCACUUACAGAGAAACCAGAUACCAGCCUACCCAUGCCAGUCACUUCCCCAUCUCUGGAUUUCAAUGAUAAUGAAGAUAUUCCCACAGAGCUCAGUGACUCCUCAGCUACACAUGAUGAAGGAGAGGUUCAGGCAUUCUAUGAAGAUCUGAACGGCAGGCAGUAUAUGAAUGAGGUAUUUAAAUUCAGCGUGGAUAAGCUUUUCGACAUGCUUUUCACAGAGUCAGCUUUCCAGAGAAAUUUCAUGGAGCAGAGAAGGUUUUCAGGUACCAUUUUUCAUCCAUGGAAGAAAGAAGAGAGUGGUAACCAGAGCCGAGUAAUCCUGUAUAGCAUCACACUCACCAACCCGUUUAUGCCAAAAACUAGUAGAGUCACUGAGAACCAGACACUGUACAAAGCUAGUCAAGAGAGCGAGUGCUACAUAAUCGAUGCAGAGGUGCAGACCCAUGACGUACCCUACCACGACUACUUUUAUACACUCAACAGAUACACUCUGACUCGAGUUGCCAAGAACAAAAGUAGGCUAAGGAUUUCAACCGAGUUGCGGUACAAGAAACAGCCAUGGGGUUUUGUGAAAGCAGUCAUAGAGAAGAACUUCUGGAGUGGUCUAGAUGACUAUUUCAGGCAUUUAGAAAUUGAGUUGGUUAAAGCAGAAGAUGCUUACCUUGCCGAGAUCUUACGGCAGUCACCCAAAGAGAAAUCUCUAAAGUUAUCAACAGUGAGAAGGAGGAAACGACCAGGAGCGCAUCUCCGAGCUCAGCACCAUGAAGAAGCAAUCAGUCCUGUUACCACCCCAACAGAUGAAGAAGGUGUGCAUAGGACGAAACAUGUGGCAGGUUCCACUCAAACAAGACACAACCCAGAAGGGAUUACUGCGGGAAUUCCAUUUUACAGUGUUUCUAAAUUACUUCUCCUUAUUAGCUUUGUGAUCUGUUUAAGCUUGGUGUUGUUAGUGUUUCUGAAUAUGCUGCUACUGUACAAACUCUGGAUGUUGGAAUACACAACACAAAGCCUCGCAUCAUGGCAUGGCAGACGAUUCCAGGAGAGCAAACUACCACAGUCACAAAUGGCAUGGGCUCAGUUGUUAGAGUCCCAACAAAAAUAUCAUGACACAGAGGUAAAGAAAUGGAGAGAAGUAAUCAAGUCUUCUGUGCUGCUUCUAGAUCAGAUGAAAGACUCUUUAGUUAAUCUCCAGAAGGGCAUUGGAUUCCAGGACUAUGGAUCAGAACAAGAACAGAAGAGGAGUGGAUAUCACUGACUGGCAUGAAAUAGGCCAUAUGGGAAUAGUGUGCAAUACAUUAGAACAAUGUGCUGGGAGGACCAUCCUUGUACAUCCAUGACUACACUGGUGACACAGACUGUCAAACUGACAAUUCCAGACAUGUUCUCAUCACACCAAACCACCAUAGGAAGAUGGCAGUGUUAACUUGUGUCUGCACUCAUGUUUUAGAUGACAUUAGCUGUUUCAACGACAAAUGAAAUAAGCAGAGCAGUUCUGUAAUUUUUUCCACCUGAUAAAACACAGCCAUUUUUUGAUUUUGGCCCAUCUGGUACACUAUAAAUGUGUUGUGCAGGACAUGCAAUUUUGUUCAGUAUUUAGCAUACCGUCAUUGCAUUCCUUAUACUUGAGGAGUACCCAUCUGGCCAGGAAAACUCAGGUGCACUCCUUCAACUUCAAGUAAUAUGCUGUAAGUUAUUAGUUUGAGAAAUCAAAAUUAACUGUACAAGUGCAGUGUCCUGUUUUUAGGUUUACUUAUUUUAAAAUGAGUUUGUUUUUUUUUUUCUGUUUACAUGAUAUCUGUCUUUAGGUGCUCCAAUCUGCUAAGUGUAUGAUGGGCUUCAUAGCUGCUGCUGAGGAAUUUAACAAUGAAUAAUGAUAUAAAAGUGCUGGAAAAAGGCCUAGAGAGAUAUGUAUAGAUGGUUCCAUGGAAGAGCAGUUCCAGCGUGGAUUUGACUGAUGUUUAUUCCAAAUUUAAGAGACUGGAACAUUUCAAGACACAGUUGAGGAUAUGAGAUGUGGUGAUGGUUGACAUAAUGGAGUCAAAAGUUCCAUGACUAGAGAUGUGAGACUGUAAGCUCAGCGUUAAGUGUGCAUCAGAAGGUGAUACUCAUUUUUCCCUGGGUUCACUUCCUGAAGGAGCAGCAUUCAUUCCUUCGUUGUGAGGAGUUGCAGCUGGCCAGUGGUAAUAAGAACCCAAGACUUGGCCUGUUUGUGAUCUAACCAUUAAGUGCAAUCAGCAGCAUUUUAAAGCUAGUGUAUUACUCACUGCCCUAUAACAAGUAUUCUGUCCUAAAGCUUUGGCUCUUUCUUGUGGAAUAGGACAGCAGCUUGAAAGAAAAUCAUGCACAUGGGUAGCAACUGUUAUUAGCAGAAGGUUGUGAGGUAUACAUUUUCAUACUGUUUAACAGUCAGAUGUUAUUCCCAUAUCAAUAUAGUGAACUUGUUGCCUUUUACAAACACAAAGCCUGUAUUUGUAACCGACCCCAGAGUGCAUUUCCUCUGUCUGAGCAACACAAGACAAAAGCUAGGACCCAGGAAUAGUCUUGGUAGGAUAAUUCUGGUGUUGCAUCUACCGCAGAAGCCUGUUUUCUUUUUUGAAUAUCAUUAACAGUCAUUUAUAUAUUUGCAUUCCUGUAAUUGCAUCAAAUUAACUAAAAUUACUUCUUAAGACUCUGCUGUAAAUCCCUUGAAAUGUAAGCAUGUUGACACCACUAGGAGACAAUAAUAAGGCUGCUUCCAGUGUGUAUUGUUACACUGCAGUCAAUAAUCUAAGAAGGGGACACUGCACAUUGUAGUACUAUACCAGUGUGAAUUGCUAGCAUUAUACUGUGAAUAUAUGUAGAUAUAUACAUAUAUGUAAAGAUAAUAUUGAGAAAGCCUGAAAGUGUAAAAAAAAACUUCAAUUGUGAUGCAAAUAUUUAUUACAAAAUGUAUGUAUAGAGGAAUGAACAGAGCUGUUACAUAUGGGUCAGGGACAAUGUAAAAUGUGAAAUGUAAGCUUAUGAUAAUUUGUUCCAGUAGCAUGUGAAGAAGCUGGCAGUGGAACAGACUAGUACUGUAAUAUACGUUCAUCCCAAGGAGCACUGAAAGAGGAGGCGGUCUGCAUGUGUAUAAAAUGUAAAGGGGUAUCAAUACACACACAUGCAUAUCUCAGCAGUUUUUAGAUAGGGGUGCUUAUAUCAGUUAACCUGAUCUCUUACCAUUUAUAUUGUUUCAUUCUGUCAUAUACUGGUGUUGGCUUUGGUAUGUAGGUCUAAAUUUCUGCGUUUAGGACUACCUGCAGUUUCUUAAGUGCCACACAAUGGCAGGUGUCCAUUAAAGCCUUUUUAUUUAUCUUCUCAGGAGAAGAAAGCCAGUUGGUAUUUGGACCAGCAUUUUGCUUUUGUGUAAAGUGUAUUUGUGCACCUUGUCACAUAUUAUUGCUUAUUCAAAAUAUGCUUAAAACACGUGCUUUGUAACAGAAGGCAUCACCUCCCUAGCAAUAGAGUGAGACCCUAUCAAAAUAGGGUGUGCUUGCCAAAGAAAUCCAGGGGAACCUUGAAAGUAAAUGAAAUGCCAUUACAAUUUUUCUUCUAAGGUCUUCACCCCAUGAACAUCCCAGUGAGCUGCGGUCAUCACAACACUGUUACUUGCAUUAAUUCGGACACUGCUUUACCUAAGAAUAAGGGGAAUAUUCUGAGGGAGCUGCAGCUUAAGACUUGGUAUAUAGUCCCAUAUAUGUUAACUCAGGCAUAGGUGUACCUGAGAAUAAGGGAAUAAUCUGAGGGAGCUGCACCCUACAGUUAGGUAUAAAGUCAUAUAUAUGUUAACUGAGACGUCACUAUACUCGACAGUAAGGAGAAUACUAUGAGAAGAGUAAGAUUCAGCAGGUAGAUUAAAAGUGCAAACAUGGGACUAACUGUUCUGAGGACCUCAGUUAUGAUCUUGGAAUUUUAAAUGAAAUGAGAGACAUAGGUCAACUGAUUAUUUUACCCGGGUAUAAAUUCAUAAUGUUCCACAAAUAUGGAUGCCUGUUUGGAAAAAAAUGAUUUUUUUCCCUUAGUUUGUAAUGCUCUGUUAACUAAAGUCUGGAUUCUGUGACCAUCGCUGAAGUCCUGUUAAAAGUGACAUCACUGAGCCAUAUAACUUAAUAUGAGACUGUGCAUUUAUAUAACUUAGACCCCAGGAAACUUCUUCUGUACAGUAUAUCAUACUGGCUUUUGUACUACCUAUACAGUGUUUUAGCAAACCAUUUGAUGCUGCUUUUCUAUUCAGCUUCUUUGCUGUGUCCUUACUGAGGCAAUGGCAGUAGAAUUUCAGAAAGCACAACACACAAGAGCUUACUAGCAAUCCGUACUGGAAAAACAACACUAUUUUCAGUGGGUGCUAUACAUAGUGUGAGUCCCACCAUUCCAGUACCCAUCCGUACUGGAUGCUGUAGCACAUCCCAGUAUCCUGUCCAGCUUCUUAUAAGCUCUAUCCACCAUUAUGCAACAUCAAAAAAGAUCACAUCUAGCCUCUACAACACUUGAUAUAUUAGCAUUCUGAUUUAUUUAUUCUCAUUUGCUCUUCUGUAGUUCACUUCUAUGUAGUUAGUCAGAUGAAUUAAUUGUCAUUAAAUCUAAAUUGCCAUACUCCACAUUACAUUUCCUGCGAGGCCAAAUACCCUUUCAUCCUUUCUAAUUUGAUUUGUUCACUGUCCUAUUUUAGACAUCUGUACAGUAUCCAGUUUGGGAAUUCAUUAGUAAGAUUUCACUUAGAUCAGUGAAUCAUGUUCCCAAAUACAGCAUGGAAAAAGAUGUCAGAAUAUUUAUCACUAGACCUCAGAUCAUAUUUGGAAGGUACACAUGAUAGCAUGAGUUAAGGCAAGAGCUGUAACACAUUUAUACAGAUUAUAAACUGCAGGACAGAAAUCCUAUAAAAGCAGUAACUCUAUGUUUAGGGAAAUGAAAAGCUGUAGUACUUGAGAAAAAGGUAGCAUGACAGACUAGAAACUGCUUAAUGACAUAAGACAACCUGGGGAAUACAAAGGGAAAGUAGAGUAACAGCUCACAUGUUGAUAUUCUGCCUCAGAUUUAAAUAUCAUGACUUCUUGUCAUGUAGAAAAGUUCAGAGAGAAGACAAUUUUGAUGAGGCUGUCCUGCCAUACUAGACAGAAAACCGGUAAAAGAUAUGAGGGAUUAUAUCUGAAACUAACUAUUCUGAACCAGUUUAACAGUACAUCCAGCCAUCAUGAAAACUUUACAGUGUAAUGUAAUUUAAACAACAGGAUUAGUUACAGAAAGACACACAGUGGACUAAUUUGUUACAGGAACCAUUCAGCUAUCAUUUUCUGCUUAAUAGAAUGGUUACAUUUCAAAACAACUCUUGCUUUAUAUUUAUGCAGUAAAACAUCAGUUAAGGCCAGGAAAUUGUUUUAGAUGUUGCUAGCAAACAAUUAAUUAAUAUAAAGGGAAGGAAAAUGCAGCAAGUAAUAUAAAAACAAAACAGCCAUUCACUUAAAUAUGAAAUUAUCUCUGUGCAGCGGUUAGCAUUGCCGCCUCACAGCAAGAGGUUCUCAGGUUCGAUUCUCGGCUGGGGU